UCUGAAAAUCAAAAUAUAAACCCUGGCCAGAUCUACUCCAUUCCCAAAAAUAGAAGGGCAAUUUCGGUAUUAAAAAUAUACCACCGUCGCCGAUUAUCUUCGGCGUGAUCCUGCUUUCAUAUCCACCUCCCGCGCCGCCGCACAGCACUACCGUUGGCCACCGCAAUUUCAUGAAAAAUGACUAAGUUACUACAUUUCCUCCUCCCAAUUCUCCUCUUUUUCACCAUACUCCGCCCCAUCGCCGCCGAGAUCAAGUCCCUCAAGAUCAAUUCCGACUCCCGGUCCAUGAUCCUCUUCGAGCGGUUCGGCUUCACCCACACUGGCCAGGUCACCAUAUCAGUCUCCUCCGUGUCAGUUAUCUCUUCCCUCGCCUCCCCUGAUCCAUCUCGCCUAGGGUUCUUCCUCCUCGCUGAGGAAUCCCUAAUUCAGGUCCUCGUCGAGCUUCGUCAAAACCCUUCAUUUUGCGUACUCGAUUCAAAGUACAUUCACCUGCUAUUCACCUUCCGGGACCUCUCCCCGCCACCCCACUCAUCAUUCAACCAUUCGUACCCCAUUACUUCUCCAAAUGAAUACUCUCUUUUCUUCGCAAAUUGUGCCCCGGAAUCAACUGUUUCUAUGGACGUCCAUACUGAACUCUACAACCUCGAUGGCCGCGGCCACGUCAAGGAUUAUCUCUCUGCUGGCCUCACUCUUUUACCCGGUCUGUAUUUCUUCUUUUCCGUUCUCUAUUUCGCAUUUUUGGCGAUAUGGGUCCACGUUUGUUUAAGGAAUAAGAAGUCCGUGCAUCGGAUACAUGCCGUCAUGGGGCUUCUGGUGAUUAUGAAGGCAUUGAAUUUACUCAGCGCAGCAGAGGAUAAGCAUUAUGUGAAGAUUACGGGCACUCCUCAUGGAUGGGAUGUGCUGUUUUACAUUUUCCAGUUUAUUAGGGUGGUGUUGUUGUUCUCGGUGAUUGUGUUGAUCGGUACUGGGUGGUCCUUCUUGAAGCCCUUCUUGCAGGAGAAGGAGAAGAAGGUGUUAAUGAUUGUGAUCCCGUUGCAGGUAUUGGCAAAUGUUGCGUCCAUUGUGAUUGGGGAGACCGGGCCAUUUAUCAAGGAUUGGGUGACUUGGAAUCAGGUUUUCCUGUUGGUGGAUAUUAUCUGUUGCUGCGCAAUUAUUUUCCCGAUAGUGUGGUCUAUUAGGUCGCUGAGGGAGACCUCAAAGACUGACGGCAAGGCUGCAAAAAACCUGGCAAAAUUGACCCUAUUUAGGCAGUUCUACAUCGUGGUUAUUGGGUACUUGUACUUCACGAGGAUUGUAGUGUUUGCGCUGAGGACCAUCUCAGCCUACAAGUACCAGUGGGUUGCAAAUGCAACGGAGGAAAUUGCGAGUCUUGCAUUUUAUGCUGUGAUCUUUUACAUGUUUAGGCCUGUUGAAAAGAACGAGUACUUUGUGCUUGAUGAUGAUGAAGAAGAGGCAGCUGAGCUAGCUCUUCAGGAUGAAGAUUUCGAGCUAUGAAAUCAGAGAUCCAUUUGGUGCUCCCUUUGUUUUAGUUGAAUCUCCUUUGUGUAUUUAUGGUGGUUCACAUUUACGAUUUACAAACUUCUGACUUUUAGUGAAUUAUACAUGUAAUUGCUGAAAAAGUUCUGAUUCGCUGCCUCGUUUUGUUGCUUCUUCUUCCCUUUGAUUCUAUUAGAAGAUCUCUGGCUUUUAUCCUCCAAUAACCAUUACUUUUGAAAAACGGAAAUGUUCCAACAUUUUG